AUGGCCGUCGCGACGCCAACAGAGGCCCCUCCAAACGCAAAUUCGCCAGUUGGCGACAAGCUAAAGAAUUUCUUCGUGUACUUCUCUAUCUAUCUGCGGACGAACCCGACAAACUUCGACAUUGUGUUGCUCAUCGCCGGUAUUAUUUGCGCCAUUGCAUCUGGAAUUCCCUUCCCAUUGCUCGGAAUCAUCUUCGGUCAGCUUAUCGACAACUUCAAUUCGGAAAGCUGCUCCUCAUCUGAAUCUCUCGAUGCGGCCACUCAAGCUUCUUACCAGUCAGAGGUCAACGGAAAGAUCCUCUAUGUCUUGUAUCUAGCUAUCGCGCAGUUCGGAUUUAUGUAUAUCCAUCUCGUGUGUUGGUCAAUGGGUGGUGCCCGACUGGCUCAGCGCCUGCGCGAACAAUACUUCAAAAACCUUCUGCGUCAGGAGCCCUCAUUCUUCGACAACCUUCCUUCUGGUGAAGUUUCUUCUCGCUUGAACGGAGAUAUACAGACUAUUCGAUCUGGUACCUCGGAGAAGGUUGGAAUUUGCAUCUCCAGUGUUUCGUUCUUCGUGACUGCUUAUGUCGUGGCGUUCAUCAAAGAUGCCAAGUUAGCGGGAAUCCUGGUUUCGCUUCUCCCCGCCUACUUUAUCAUGUCCAUUGGAGGUGGCUGGUUCAUUGAGAAGUACUCCGGCCGGGUGUCCGACUGCUUCGCGGCUUCUUCCUCCAUUGCAUCCGAGGGUCUGUCCAACGUUGCGGUUGUGCACGCGUUCAACGCCAAUGACAGACUGGAAGCCAAGUUCACUGCUCAUUUGCGCACUGCGAGAAAUGAAGGCAUGAAAAAGGCCCUUGCAACUGGCGUUCAAGCUGGACUGAUGUAUUUCAUUGCCUAUGCCGCCAACGCCCUGGCUUUCUGGCAGGGAAGUCACACCAUUGCCGAUUCAGUUGCCGAUUCCAAUGCCAAUGGUGGUGACGGCGCGUCUGUUGGAUCGAUCUUCACUGUCAUCUUCCUGCUUGUUGAUGCCACCCUGAUUCUCAGUCAGGUCGCCCCUUUCCUGCAGAUCUUCGGUGCUGCGUCUGCCGCUUUCACCAAGCUUGCGCGGGAUAUGGACCACCAACCGCUGAUUGAUGGCACAUCCAUCAAGGGACUUGAGCUUCCUUGUAACACUGCUGGUCAUUUUGAGCUGCGCAACGUGUCGUUCACCUACCCAUCUCGCCCGGAACGUCCCGUUCUUCGCAAUGUUUCUCUCGAAUGCCCUGCCGGUAAGCAAACCGCCAUCAUCGGCCUUUCUGGCAGUGGUAAAUCUACCAUCGCUAGCCUCAUGCUCCGUUUGUAUGACCCCUUGGAGGGAUCGCUAUAUCUGGACGGCCAGGAGGUCCGCGACCUAAACACCCGCCAGCUGCGUAGUUGCAUUGGUAUGGUUCAACAGGAGGCAACCCUACUUGACCGCUCAAUCUUGGAGAAUAUCGCACACGGUCUGGUCAACUCUGCCGCUCCGAAGCACGCCCAUCUUCACGAUGCCCUGAUCGGUCCCCAGCUUGCCGAAGUAGCUGCCGCUAUCCGCGACGGAAAGGAUGCAACUGAGGCCGCUCAAUCCCACGGGCCUGAGGUUGUGGAGAUUAUCGAAAUGGUUCAACACGCUGCAACCCUCGCGGAUGCCGCCCGCUUCAUCGGAAACUUGUCUGAGGGGCUGGGCACAGUCGUCGGAUCCAACGGAACUCUUCUGAGUGGUGGCCAGAAGCAGCGCAUUGCAGUCGCUCGUGCAUUGGUCAAGGACCCCAAGGUCUUGAUUUUGGAUGAAGCCACUGCCUCCCUUGAUUCCAAGAGUGAGAAGGAGAUUCUUGCGGCCGUGGAGCGCUGCUCCGAAGGUCGCACCAUGAUUUCGAUUGCACACCGGCUCUCGACGAUCCAGAAAGCCGACAAGAUUAUUGUGAUGCGCGAUGGCGAGGUGGUGGAGACAGGAAACCACGCCGAGCUGAUGACGAAGCAAGGGGCUUAUGCGGGCCUAGUCGGCCUUCAGAACCUCAGCACGCAACAACCCUCCGACAAGCAAGUCGACGCUCACUCCGGUGUCAUCACCGAGACUGAUCAGUCCGGUGUCAUCACCGAGACUGAUCAGUCCGGUGAUGACGGCGAAUCUCCUGAAUUGGCCAAGAAAGCCAGCAAGGAGCCUGUGUCUGUUGAUGCGACGGAGAAGGAUGAAGUGACCCCGCCUUCUUCCUCCGGCCAGGAAUCAAAGAAGCCUGCCAAGAAGUCUGUUUGGUAUCUGCUCAAGGGCAUGUUCCCCAUUAUGCGCCCUUACCUUCUGAUUGCCCUGGUGGCUCUCCUCGGUGCCAGUAUCGUUGGUGCGGCGUUUUCGAUUGAAGCUGUCAUUUUCGGUAACACCGUGGGCAGUCUGACGCCUUGCGAAACCCCCGAAUACAUCCGGUCGCGUGGUAGCUUCUUCGGCCUGAUGUUCUUCAUCCUGGCUAUUGUUGAGUUCUUCGCCAACAUUACCAGCUGGGUUGGAUUCGGCUGGGUGUCUGAAAAGUCCAUAUACAACAUUCGCGUUCUUCUUUUCCGCUCGCUGUUCGAGCAGGAUUUGCAAUGGCACCAGUCUGAGGGCCGCACGCCCACGGGAUUGCUGGGAUACAUCACCAAUGACGGUAGUCUGAUCGCCGGUCUCAGUGGAUCAGUGAUUGGUACUAUCUUCUCAAUCUGUAUCAACUUGGUGAUUGCUAUUGUGAUGACUCUGUGUAUCGCGUGGAAGAUGGCGCUUGUCUGUAUCGCCAUUGUGCCUCUGCUCUUAGGUGUUGGUCUAAUGGAACUGAACGUUCUCGCUAAAUUCGAAGACAAGCACGAAAAUGCAUUCAACAUGUCCGUUAGUAUCAGUGUCGAAGCCAUCAACUCCAUCAAGACCAUCGCUUCGCUUUCGCUGGAGGACGAGACCUUGGAGGUCUAUCGCCGUACCCUCUCUGGACCGCGCCGUGAAACCACCCAGAUCAGUCUGUGGGCUAAUCUGUGGCUGGGCCUGGCAUUCUUCAUUGGUAAUCUGUCCUACGCCCUUGCCUUUUGGUGGGGCUCCAAGCAGAUCUUCAACGGCACCUACAGCGAGACUCAGUUCAUCAUUGUCAUGUUUGCCUUGCUGGUUAGUGCCCAGCUCUGGAGCCAAAUGUUUGCACUUGCUCCUGAAGUAUCGAACGCUCGGGCUGCCGUGGCUAGAGUUCUGGAGAUUCUUGAGCUCGGCUCAUCUGGACUGGCUUCGAAGGUGAAGGCCCUACCUGAGCCCACUGAGUCACCCUCUGAGAAGGACGUGGAGUCUACUGGAGAGACCAAGGCAUUCUCCCCAAAUGCGCAAGGAGGUGUUGACGUAGAGCUCCGCGAUGUCAAGUUCUCCUAUCCUGCUCGUACCCAUGCCCCUGUUCUGCGGGGACUGAAUGUCCACGUCAAGCCAGGCCAAUUCUGUGCCCUGGUUGGCCCCUCCGGUGCUGGAAAGUCUACUAUCAUCGCUCUUGUCGAGCGCAUGUAUCUGCCUAGCUCCGGUGCAAUUCUUGUUGAUGGAACAGACAUUACCCAGCGGUUGGAUAUCACUUUCCGUGAUGAUAUCGCUCUCGUCCCGCAAGAAGGCACACUCUUUGAGGGUAGCGUGCGUUUCAAUGUCUCACUGGGUUCUAGGCCUGGUACAGUUGUGUCCGACGAAGAGAUCAUCCAGGCCUGUAAGCUAGCCAAUAUUCACGAGACAAUCAUGAACCUGCCACAGGGCUACGACACAGAGUGUGGUGCCAACGGCAGUAAGCUGUCUGGUGGUCAGAAGCAGCGUUUGGCAAUUGCCCGUGCGCUAGUGCGCAAGCCACGACUGCUCAUCCUGGACGAGCCGACGAGUGCACUGGAUGCCGAGUCUGAGAAGCUUCUACAGGAGGGUUUAGAGGUUGCGUCAAAGGGAAUCAGUGUGCUGGCCAUCGCACACCGUCUGAACACCAUUCGCAAGGCCGACACGAUUUACAUGAUCGAGGCUGGUGUCUGUGUCGAUGCUGGUACUCACGACGAGCUCUUCACGCGGUCAGAGAACUAUCGGAGCAACGUUCUCAGCCAGACAUUCGAGGGCUAA